AUGCUAUAUGCUCCUAGCUCGGGUAGUUGUUUACUGAAACAAUUGAUUGGAUUAGGCCAAACAUGUUUAAAGUGCGGUGUUUGGAAAAAGGCGCAGAACAAAAGCCUACUGCGGAUUUAUUUUGACAGUUUUGAUAUGAUUUGGAAUGCCGAGAGUAUUGGCUUUCAGAAUGUUUACACGAACUACCAACACCGUUGUACUUCUUCUUCAUGUAUGGUACAAUAA